CCCUGGUUCUCUCAGACCUACGAGGCCGGGUUGCACUUUCCUUCUCUUGUUCCGCCCGCCUCGCAGGACGCUGCUUGUGACUCGCAAAGCUCCGAAGCUCGGGAAGCCUGGCGACCGGGGCCGCGGUCGAGUUUUCCGCCCCGGUGAAUCAUUUCCUGUAACUGGCGCCCUCCCCCGGAAGGAAGCAAGUCUGGACCAUGACUCAGCAGCCACUUCGAGGAGUUACCAGCCUGCGUUUCAACCAAGACCAAAGUUGCUUUUGCUGUGCCAUGGAGACGGGUGUGCGAAUCUAUAAUGUAGAACCUUUGAUGGAGAAGGGUCAUCUGGACCAUGAGCAGGUUGGCAGUAUGGGCCUGGUGGAGAUGCUGCAUCGCUCCAAUCUGCUGGCCCUGGUGGGCGGUGGUAGCAGUCCCAAGUUUUCUGAAAUCUCAGCAGUGCUGAUCUGGAAUGAUGCCCGGGAGGGCAAGGACUCCAAAGACAAGCUGGUACUGGAGUUCACCUUCACCAAGUCUGUGCUGGCUGUACGCAUGCGCCAUGACAAAAUCGUCAUCGUGCUAAGGAACCGCAUCUAUGUGUACUCCUUCCCCAAUAGUCCUCAAAAGCUGUUUGAGUUCGACACGCGGGACAACCCUAAGGGGCUCUGUGACCUCUGCCCCAGCCUAGAGAAGCAACUGCUUGUAUUUCCCGGACACAAGUGUGGGAGCCUGCAACUUGUGGACCUGGCAAGCACCAAACCUGGUACUUCCUCUGCUCCAUUCACUAUCAAUGCCCAUCAGAGUGAUGUGGCCUGCAUAUCCCUGAACCAGCCGGGCACUGUUGUGGCUUCGGCCUCCCAGAAGGGCACCCUCAUUCGUCUGUUCGAUACACAGUCGAAGGAGAAGCUGGUGGAGCUGCGCCGAGGCACAGACCCUGCCACACUUUACUGCAUCAACUUCAGCCAUGACUCCUCCUUCCUGUGUGCCUCCAGUGAUAAGGGCACGGUUCAUAUCUUUGCUCUCAAGGAUACCCGCCUCAACCGCCGUUCUGCGCUGGCUCGUGUGGGCAAAGUGGGUCCCAUGAUUGGGCAGUACGUGGACUCACAGUGGAGCCUGGCGAGCUUUACUGUGCCUGCUGAAUCAGCCUGCAUCUGUGCAUUUGGUCGCAAUACUUCUAAGAACGUCAACUCUGUCAUUGCCAUCUGUGUAGAUGGAACUUUCCACAAAUACGUCUUCACUCCUGAUGGAAACUGCAACAGAGAGGCUUUUGAUGUUUACCUUGACAUCUGUGAUGAUGAUGACUUUUAAGGACACCAUGGGUUGUGCUAAAGGCCUGCAGUGACAGAUUGCAAAAGUUUACUUUGGGGGGCGGGUAGGGAACAGAAUGCAUGCUGUGGAAGCCACACAGCUAGCAAGGUCCACACUUGGCACUCAGAGCAGUGUUGAAACAGCUCACUUCCCCCAAGAACUUUUGAUCAACGGGGUGCCUUUGAUGAUUGUGUGCCCACCAGGCCAAGCCAGGAGAAGACUGCUAGGGACUCAAAAGGAGUGCCCUUACUGAACUGUGGGGAGUUAAAAACUUGAAAGGUGACACCUCUAAUGUGCUGGAAACAAUAAAAGUCCCUUAACUGUAUUUAUGGCUGGACAUGUGAGAGUGGGGGCUGGAGAAGACAAGGCUGAAAAAGCCCUGGCAAGAACUUUCCAGGAGGUUCUGGAGGGAUAGUAUAGAGAGUGAAGUGCUUGCCUUGCACACAGUCGACCUGGGUUCGAUCCCUAGCACCGCAUAUAGUCCUCAGAACACUGCCAGGACUGAGCCCUGA